UCAGCCGCCUGCUGUGGAUCCGGUGGAAAAGUUGCCCUCGAACCUUCUCCAGCCUUCUCCUUUCUUCCCCGACCCUGCUGUGGAGUUGGAGUCGGACAGGAGGAGCCGCAGAGACCUGCGAGGUCCCGGGCAGGAGCCGGCUCUCCUUCCUCUGGGCACUCAGCGCAGGUGGUGGCUCCGGGUCCAUGUCCUCAGGACCCGGCACAAACUUUGUGGAUUGUCCUGGGACACUUGGGCAAGUGCCGCUCCGUGCCGGGAGGAGGAGCCACGCCAGGGGUCAGAUUUUAAAGUCUUCUUGGAGUCUCCAGCAGUGCCAAGGGUUGGAGAAAUUUUUCCUGCCCCUCUGAUAGUGAAGGGAGCAAAAACAACGAAGCAGGAGGGACUGCAGAGCGGUCACAGGAGAGGACAGUCUACCAGACUGUACAGUUCAGUGAGCACAGGGACCAUGCCUUGUUGGACAUGUCAACAUUCCCAGUGCAACAACAGUGUCUGGCACCUACCAGGGAUUGAGUUUUGGAAGGUGACAAUGAAAUGUGAAGAAGUUACAUUUCUAAUAUGAUAUUUGAAAGUUAGUGAAGUUUUCAUGAAAAUUAAAUAUGACUUAGAAGCAUUGAUUUAUGAAGGUUUACGAUGUCAUCGGCUGUGACGGAAAGCAGACUCCAAAAGGCUGUGAGCCUCCAGGGAGCUGACCCAGAAACAUGCAUGAUUGUAUUUAAAAACCACUGGGCGCAGGUUGUGAAGAUCUUAGAGAAGCACGACCCCUUGAAGAACACCCAGGCAAAAUAUGGAUCCAUCCCUCCAGACGAGGCCAGUGCGGUGCAGAACUAUGUAGAGCACAUGCUCUUCUUGCUGAUUGAAGAGCAAGCCAAGGAUGCUGCAAUGGGGCCGAUUCUGGAAUUUGUGGUCUCUGAGAACAUUAUGGAGAAACUCUUUCUUUGGAGCUUGAGGCGGGAAUUUACUGAUGACACCAAAAUGGAGCAGCUAAAGAUGUACGAGAUGCUGGUCACCCAGUCGCACCAGCCUCUGCUGCACCACAAGCCCAUUCUGAAACCCCUGAUGAUGCUGCUGAGCUCUUGUUCAGGAACAACCACCCCCGCCGUGGAGGGGAAGCUUGUUGUCCUGCUCAAUCAGCUCUGUUCCAUCCUUGCCAAAGAUCCGUCCAUCCUGGAACUCUUCUUCCACACGAGUGAGGACCAAGGGGCAGCCAACUUUCUCAUCUUCUCCCUUCUGAUUCCCUUCAUUCACCGAGAGGGGACAGUAGGUCAGCAGGCCCGGGAUGCUUUGCUUUUCAUCAUGUCUCUCUCUGCCGAGAACAGCAUGGUGGCCCAUCAUAUCGUGGAGAACACCUACUUUUGUCCAGUGCUUGCAACUGGGCUCAGCGGUCUCUACUCUUCCCUGCCUACAAAGCUAGAAGAGAAGGGCGAAGAGUGGCACUGCCUUCUGAAGGACGACUGGCUCCUGCUCCCGUCCCUCGUCCAGUUCAUGAACUCCCUGGAGUUCUGCAACGCCGUCAUACAGGUGGCUCAUCCCUUGAUUCGUAAUCAGCUUGUAAAUUAUAUUUACAAUGGGUUCUUGGUACCAGUCUUGGCUCCUGCUCUCCAUAAGGUGACUGUGGAGGAGGUCAUGACCACAACGGCGUAUCUGGACCUAUUUCUGCGCAGCGUCUCGGAGCCAGCACUACUUGAGAUCUUCCUCCGUUUCAUCCUGUUGCACCAGCACGAGAAUGUCCACAUCCUAGACACUCUCACGAGUCGAAUCAACACCCCAUUUCGGCUCUGUGUGGUGUCCCUGGCAUUAUUUAGGACUCUCAUCGGCUUACACUGUGAGGACGUGAUGUUACAACUCGUUCUGAGGUAUCUGAUCCCCUGCAAUCACAUGAUGCUGAGUCAGAGGUGGGCCGUGAAGGAGAGAGACUGCUACUCCGUGUCUGCGGCCAAGCUGCUCGCCCUGACCCCCGUCUGCUGCUCCAGCGGGAUCACCCUGACGCUCGGGAACCAGGAGAGGGAUUACAUUCUCUGGUCAAAGUGUACGCACGAUGGUUCAGGGCCCCCGGAGCAGCCGCGCCCCGAGGCGUCCCCGUCGGUCUGCAUCGCGGAGUAUGGCAGAGCCCUGGACAUCAGCUACCUGCAGUACCUCUGGGAAGCCCACACCAACAUCCUCCGCUGCAUGAGGGACUGUCGGGGCUGGUCGGCCCUCUACGACGGGGACUCCCCUGACCCCGACACGUUUCUCCGGAGUCAGGCAGAGGGGAGCGCUGCCAGCCCCGCCCACCCCGUGCUCAGGCUCCCACAGCAGCUCCCCGGGAGGACAGGGCCCCCGCCGGCUCCGCGCAGGGACAAGGGCCCGACGGAACUGGAGUGGGACGACAGCUAUGACACCGGCAUCUCCUCGGGGGCCGGGGUGGGCUCCCCCCGGCCCGACGAUGACCUGGAGAACCCUGGGCCGCCGGUGCCAGUGGACCCCCCCAAACACAUCCAGGAGAUGAAGAAGAAUGCCAUCCUCCGCUUCAAGGGCACCUACAUCGAGGAGUCCGACUUCCAGGACGACGUGAUGGUGUACAGGCUGUGUGCCGACAAGGACACUGGGGACACUGGACACGCACCGCAGGAGCCCGCGCGGCCCCCGGCCCAGGGCCCCCCCACGGACACUGGGCCCCUGCCCAGCCCUCAGCCUGAAAUGGACUCCGCGGGGGAGGCGCCCAGGGACAGCUCAGACUUGUUUGCCAAUGUGUCCGAGGAACCGCCAGGGGAGGAGCCCCGAGCCCCAGAGUCAGACUCCGAGUUGCCAGCCCCCGUCUCCCAGGCAGAGCACAGUUCAGACCCACAGGCGGCUGACCCAGAGGGCGAGGAUUUCAUCGCCCAGUGCGACCAGAUCAUUAAAGAACUGGACGCUGGCGCCGAGGGCUUCAUAGGACAGAGUUUCUCCCCACCCGACCCCUUCUUGCUCCUCACAAGUGAGCAGGAAGGGAAGGAGGAGAGCAAAGGGGAGGAGGAGGAGGAGGAGGUGGAGGAGGAGGAGGAGGAAGAGGACUUGGACUCUUUUAUGGCGCCAGCUCCCGCGGAAGAGACCAUGCCGUCCCCGUUUGGGGUGAGAGAUGAGACUGACUCUGCCAGUCACCACCCCCUGAGGACUCAGAGCCCCCCGUUCACAGGCCCAUUCAUCAGCGUGGUCCUGUCAAAGCUGGAGAACAUGCUGGAGAACUCUCUGCAUGUUAAUUUGCUGCUCAUCGGGAUCAUCACCCAGCUGGCCAGCUACCCCCAGCCACUCCUGCGCUCCUUUCUGCUCAACACCAACAUGGUCUUCCAGCCAAGCGUCCGUUCUCUCUACCAGGUCCUAGCAUCUGUGAAGAACAAGAUUGAACAGUUUGCUUCUGGGGAGAGAGACUUCCCGGGACUCCUCAUACAAGCCCAGCAAUACCUGCUCUUCCGAGUGGACAUGUCUGAUGUGACCCCUGAGUCACUAACCAAAGAUCCCACUCAGGAUGCAUCCAGGACAGGGACUGGCAGGAGCCUUUUGGAUGGUCCCCCAAGAGUGCUUCAGCCCUUCCUGCCGAGCAGAGCCAAGGCGGCGGUGGCUCCCCCCAGCCUGCCCGGGCCGGUGAGGAACACCAUGCUGGCCGCGGCCCUCUUCCCGGAGUUCCUGAAGGAGCUGGCCGCCCUGGCGCAGGAGCACUCCAUCCUCUGCCACCGGCUCCUGGGCGACCUGGAGGACGCCUACUGUUAGCUGCUUUUCUUUCUUUUAUUUUUAAGUAGGGGUCUUAUUUUUUAAGGUUUUAGUGUCUUGACUGAAUGUUAAAUGCAAAGCUGCUUACAAAAAUUUCUACUUUGAUAUUUCCUGACAAUACUUGAUUUGUGGGGAGGGACUUUUCUGUGCACCUCCUCUCUCUCCAGCUGGGUCUGUCCACCCUGCGCGGCCCGGAAUGUAAGGCUCAGAAGCUGGCUGCUCCCUGGGCAGGUUUUCUUUGCUCAGUUUUCCUUCCUCAAUUUUUGUGGUUAUUAUUCUCCCCCAUCUUUGAAUCAACGCAUCUUGCAGCGUUGAUCACACGGAGCGAACAUUGGGGUUCGGCGGUUUCCGGGAGUAGCCCGUGCCAGAGGGCGGCUCCGCCGCAGGUGAGGAAGGCAGGUCGGUUCUGGCCCUUCUGCACUGCGGCCUGCGUUUUAUAAAAGGGGGGAUAAAGAUGGAGCCCCGUUGCCGCCAUCUCGUAAGCACACGUCCGUGUCCCUUUGCAUUGAACGUCCAAGACUGUUCGUCCCACGCGCUGCUCGUGGCGCGGAGAUCGCGGGUCUCCGCUGCCCGCCGGGAGUCAGCCGGGUUGGAGAGUCUGGAACGCAGGGACAUUUUCUUGCUGCUGGAGAGAUUAUUCCGUGUAUCACCUACACUGAAAGUAGCCUUACCUUAAGUCAGAUUUGCACAAAAUGAAACACACCUAUGCAAACUGUUGUUUGGUUUUUAGGAGUUUGCUUGGAAGAAAGCAUGCUAUCAUGUACUUGCAUAAGAAGACAGCCAUCGUUAUUUUGUAAGGUGUUUUAUGAAAACAUUAAUUUGUGAUGCUAUGUCAUAGUAGGUUUUUGGGGUGUGUGUGAGGGGGAAUGUGGAGUGAGGGGAAAAGAUAAACGAAAUGCAGCCUGUAAAAUCAUUGGUAUUUAUUUUACAUUUUGCUUGCUCUUCCUAACAUGUUGCACUGUGUAGAGAAUAAGGAACUGUGCCCCUACUUUGGGAACUGGGACGGAAAUGCAAACAGGUCGCAGGGAGCCCCGCAGAGCCAAGUGCCUGCCCGAGACUCUCCCUCCUUCUGAGUGAUGGGGUUUGUCAGAAGACCCCGAGUGACGAGCGAGGGCCUCUCUGCUGCUUCUCAGCCUGCUCCAAAAGGUGUGAUUACGCGAAGCCACAGUCGCCUCAGACCACCACCAAGAGGGGAAACACACAUAACUGGGGGCUAAAAGUGAGACCCUAAUCCAGUGGUGCUUAUGGAUAUUCGCUUCUACUCCCCUCUAUCUGCGCAGGUGAGAGGCACCUACAAGGAUGAGCCUCCCUGUUUGGAGGGGUGUUGGAAGCCCCAGCUCUCGCUGUUUCUGUGGGUGUCACUGCUGAGCUCCGGGGUGGGGAGGGGCAGCCACAGAUACAUCUAUGGUGGUUGUGUCCCAGGAGCGGGUUUGGUUUUAAUCAGCCUCUGGUGCAGGAGGGAGCGAGGAAACAGUUACACCUGAGACCCUGCACCGCGGAGGCUGCCCUUCUGUGUUUCAGGGACCUCGAAGCAGCUUUGUGUUGAGAACGCGUCAGCCCAGGGAAGACGACCCAGAUCUGGCUUGGGCUGGGUGGCUCUUAGGGAGCUAACCUCACAGUGUUUCCAAAUCUAAGCAAGAAACCAAAGACACCAAUUCAUUGAACAUUUUUUACUUUAAAUUUGUCUUGGAAAAUGGUCUGCCCGGCUGUGGUGGCAGCAGUCAGAGCCCAGGCCCAGCAGACCGGCCGUGCCGGGCUUCCUGGUGCCUGCUUGUAUUCCACCACCAAGUCUC